AUGUCCGUUUUUUGGGAGUUCACGACUUGCUUGCUAAGUUCGCUGCGAUCUAGAAGUCGCAAUGCGAGCGAGAGAGACAGAGAUAGCCUGCAGUAGUCGUUCUCUCUCUAUGUCUAAAAUGCGGCUGAGCCAGCUAUGCCGAAUUCGUGCGUAGUUAUAAAUUGUCGGAAAACGAGACAAAAUGUCAAGGCAAAGUGUUCGCUCUUCAGAGUUCCCCAGUCUGAAGUUUUGCGCGAGAUGUGGGAGACCGCAAUUCCCGGUAUCGCGAAGUUACAACCGAACCAGCAUGUAUGUGAGAAACAUUUCGAAGAAGAAUGUAUCGUGCGACGUCUAGUGAAACGAGAUUCUGAUGGAAAAAUCCUCAUCGAUAUUCCAUAUAAACGUCCUCGAUUGACGGAAACUGCCAUCCCAUCAAUUUUCAAUGGGGAUCCUGUGGAACUAGUUAUAGAUAGCGAUAGUCAACAACAGGUCACCGUAGUUUCAUGUAACGAAGGAACUUUUACUCCAGAAAUCGUUGUGAACAAGGAAGAGAUUCGACCUGACACUCCGCAGGAGGUUCAUACGAUGACCGUUUCAAAGCCGUGCGCUGAAGAUGUACAAUUUAUCAUAUCCGUUGUGAACGAGGUGCAGCUCAAAAUUGAAACAGUACAUGAGACGAGUAUAAUGACUGUGCCAAAGCCGUGGAUUAUCGUUCAGUCGAAACCAAAAAAUAAAAAAUGGUUUUUGUCCGAAAUAGUAGCUAACGAUUCCAAUAACGAUACGCCUGUCAUUAGAAAAAGUAUUGCUGUCAAUAACAAGGGAUUUGUCCAAUACUACGUGCAUGGAAAACUCGUCAAAGAUCACAUUGAACAACUUCCGUCGCUAGUCAACGAUCCGCAAACGCUGGUGACUAUUGCUACGCAAUUCAAAUCUUCGCGCAUAUGCGAUGGGCUGGGAGACGUCGCCGUUCAUCUCGAUGUGAACACCGUAUGCAAGGAUAACAUGGACGUUUACCGUUCGAUCAACUGCUCGUUAAUUGAGAAAAAAAAGAGAUGCAGUUCUUGUGUGCGAGUGAGAAAGACGUUGAUCCAAAAAAAAUGUCGAGAUAAAAAACGAGAAAAAUUGAAACGUUUCACUGCUCUAUCUAAUCCCGUUGAUCAACGGAAGUUUUUGCGUAACAAAAUAAACACUCAGAGAUGUUUAAAAAAUCGUAAAAAACGAAGAAUCCAACUACUCUUGGAAUGCUUACAAGAAAAACAGUCUGAAUUCGCGGCGAUGAAAGAAGAAUCGUUUAAUGAAAGGUGUGCGGAUAUUCCGGAUAUUCAAAAAACGGCAUUGCGAGAGAUAUUCGAAACCUCAAAGAGGAAAGAUGCUCGAGGUCGACGCUAUUCAAAGGAAUGGGCCAUAUAUUGUAUGCUCAUGAAUAUUCAUUCUCCAGUGAUGUAUGAGUUUCUGCGAAAGAAUCGCAUCAUUCCUCUGCCGUGUACAAGAACAAUUCGAAAUUAUUUAUCGAUAAUUGAUUCGAAAUGCGGCUUCGACAAAAAUGGACUAAUUCAAUUUCGAAAACAAAGUUGCUUUCAAAAUUUGCUAUCUCUUUCCCUCUGACGCGAAAUGCUACGGUGUAAUAGAUAACUUUAAUAAUUGUUUCCUUAAUAGCCAUUUUCUUACUAACUGUUACAGGCUAUUUAAGUAAGCAAAUUUUACGACGUUAUGGCAAAUGCGAUAAAUGCCGAAACGCUAUAACUAAUUCAAAUAAUAAUAUAAGUUACCUUCAGCAUCGAAAUUAGUGGGGAGAAGAUCCGAGGAAUAUUAAUUUAUGCAAAUAGUUAUUUUUUUAAACUCAUACAAUUUGUUGAAUGGAGUUUCGCCAAGCAUGUGACGAAGAAAUAUGUUUUUACUUUAACUGUAGAUAAGGUUCUCGACAAUUAUAAAUUCACGUUUCCGUGUAUUGAGCAUGCAUCCGAAACACUGUCAUAUUCUAUUUAUUUAUUAUAUCCGAUUUAGGAUGCGUCAUUUCGCAUAUCAACAAAAACAAAAGAAUUUUGUAAUAAAAAAUAAAUUGUUUAAAUUUGAUAAAACAAUAAUAAAGAAACCGUGCAGUAC